CAAAGUCAAAUUUUCUGAUAGCUGUCUAGUGUCAACUGGUAGUGAAAGGUGUCCUCCGUCAUCAGAGAAGGUGACUCCUGCUAAAUCAAUCUUAAAAGGUUCACCUUCAGUAAAGACAAAAAUUACUCGUAGAGUGGAGCUUCAAUCGGUUACAGGUCCUGUCACAUUGUCUCCCUCCUUCAUGGGAAACACCUGGCACAGUUCAACACGCCAAGCUGGCAAAGCAGAGCAGAAUAAAAAAAAGUCAGAAGCUGAAGCUCGGGAUAAACAAAUUUCAGCUUUUUCUCUGUGUUCAUCCGAUUCUUGCAUUGAAGAUAAUUGUGCAUCCAGAGCUUCUAAUACACCAGCGGCCAUUACCAUACACAUUCCAUUGCCUAGUUCUAAUGAAAAGAUAGAUUCUAUAAAUAAAUGGGCAAGAAGAAAGAAAUGCAGUGCUAAAAAUAAUUCGCCUUUGCAUUCUGGCUCAUCAUCGCCGUCAUCACCAUCUAACAGCGACUCCAUGAAAAAGAUAACUCUUGAGUCACCUUUAAACUUGGG